UACGCCGAUAUUGCGGCAUCUAAUGCGUUAACUCCUUCCCAAGGCUGGCACGAUGCAUGCGUAGCCCUGCCGAAAAAUUCGACUGUGCACUAUAAAGUUAAAACAACUGUUACAAAUCAUUUUUCAUUCAGUCCUGCCAACGGUAGUGAUGACUGGGAAACUUACACGCUCAAUUCCCAGAGUGAUACAGUGCAAGACAUCAUGCGGAAAUGGAUGGGCCAUCAUGACGAAAUCAAUAUCGCGAAAACACCCGAAAUUGAUCAAGUCAAUCUUUCCACCUCCCCCUUCUUCCGCAGGACAUCCCAGAACUACAACCUAACCAUUUAUGAUUCUGAUGCAAGGAGCUAACUUGGCCUUCUCCUGUUGCUGAUAGACUAAAGCCUGAAAAUGAUGCAGCAUUUCUUCGUUGUUCAUCAAAUCUGCGUCUAAUCAUCUGAUGCGUAAAAAUGUUUGCGAAGUCUAUGCAUCGAUGGAAUGCUGUUAAUGUCGUUGGAACCGAUCAAGUUAUUCGGCGCGGUCUCGUAGUGGAUAAGGAAGAGCUUGGAUUGGUUGUCGAUUUCGGGAUCCGUGGAAAGUCUCCUGAAGUGAUCCCGUUCAGAAGCGUGUACAGGAGCAACGAGCCUACCUCGGACGAUUCUGACCAGCCGACGGACAUUGGCGGAACUGUUUGGGUUUUGCUCAAAUUGUCCCCUAAGCAUCCAUGGACGUGGUACCAAAGCAAACAUUUGGCGGGUAUUAAUAAGGGCUUCAUACUAGCGGAAAUAACUAUUGGUCCUGAUGUUGUUGUGGAUACCGUUCUGUGCAGCCGAACAUGCACGAACCCAAUCGCAGGCAACAGCGUGCGGAGCAAUGUUUUCCUCAAGGAAAGGGUGCCAGUUCCUCAUGGCUGUGCGUUCAGUCCGGCAUUGGAAAAUUCCUGGAAUAAGCGAUUUAGGCGCACCUAUCCUAUCGGUAUUGCGGAUGAAUAUUUCCAGUUUCUUAUAUUACGUUCGGACAAAGAGCCAGAUGACAUCGCAAUUGAGGCGAUCCUGCGAGAAGGCAUACCGACCGGAAUUCAAGCGCCGGUGGAAACCGUUCAGCCACGCGGCAUCAAGAGACCACAUGAUGGAAUUAGCGAUGAUGAAACACCCUCGGUGGUUGAGGAAUGUUCCCUGAAGGACAUUCCGGUGGAUGUUCUUGGGAUUGUGUUCUCAUUUAUGAGCGCAAAACAGCAGACUAGAGUUGGUCGCGUAUGCCGCGCUUGGAAUUCUGCGCUUCUGUCAGCAGAAUGUGCGCGACUUCUCAAGAUCAACCUGAAUUACUACGAAGGAACGCACUAUGACAACUACCUGCUUGCAUCGUCGUUCUAUCACUGCAUGAAACCGUCGACGCACUACCUGGUUCUCGUUGGUAAAAAGUGCUACGAACUCCGUGGUGCUAUGCGCUUGCUGAAAGAAUUGUAUGCAUUCGUCUCCUCGACGUUGAUCACUAUCAUCUUUGGCAGGAUGGAGAUGCGGGAAAAUGAUUCGGUUUUCGAUACGCAGCUGAAACUUUUCUCGGAAGUUCCAGCACUAUGCAAACGAGUCAUCUUCAAGAACAUCAUAUUGAGGUUUAUUUUCGGUGCAGAUCGAGAAUCUUUAUGGGAUGCACAAAUGCCGUACCGAGAUUUGCGCGUUGCGUUCGGCGCUUUCAGUGCAGUUUCCCCGGCAGAAGCUAUGGAUGUCCUGGAACGAGCCGCUGAAAGCUUUGCUGAUCCAAAGCACCAGAAUGCUUUGGACCGUGUAUCGAAGUGGAUUCGGUACUGCGAUACGGGCAAUCCGUAUGCUGCUCAAGAUAUACAACGAUCUCACCAAAAUGAUAUAGUUUCUGUGUUAAAGGUCUGGCAAAGGGGAGACGCCAGGUUUGGUCCUACUGCUUCCUGGAAAGAUGUUCAAGCCGCAAGACUCGAUGCGAAUCUGCUGACCUUGCGCAACUGCACAAUUACCGCUCUGGUCUGCCUUGAGAGAAGUAUGUUCGAUUAUCCCGUCGAUGAACUGGUGGAUGCCAACACAAGUAGCGAUGAUAGCACAGAUGAGACGGAAAGCAGUUAUGGAAAUGAUGACGAGAGUAGCAGUGAAGAGUGAUAUACUGGAGUUUAAUAAAAUUUUGUUCCUGUGUUUAUGUUAAGAUUACUCCAACUUGUUAAUGCCAUUGUUAUCAGAAUGUGAUUCGAAUCUUGCAUAAAUCUGAUGCGGAGAACCAGAGAUAAAAACGUUUUUUUUGCUUUCUGUUCGUCUUUGCUGGAAUACGUUUUUACUGGAGUUGAUAGUAUAGAAAGUUCGUGUCUGUGUUAUACUAUAAUUUGUUCGGAUCAAAGUUAAAGGUUUUCUGUAAAAUUAAAGUUUUCGAUAUCUUUGCCCAAAAAUGCACUGCGAG